UUCGACUCAAGCGCUGAUCACGAUGAUGCCACGUAGCGGUGGCAAGUACGCGCGGGCAGACGCCGAUUAUUGGCAGCAGCAGGCGCAGGAGUACAGACACGAGCCGUCUUUGGCUCAGGGAUCGUCGCCUAGGCUCAUCCAACUGGAAUCUGAGGCGGAGACUCAGUCGGAUAGAGGGGCGCAGGGACAGCAGCAACACACGUUUAUCAUGGAGGGACCUAACGCUCCGGAGGAGAAAACUCGCCGGAAGAGCGGGGCGUCAACUGGCCAUAUCGCUUGCGAUUUUUGCCGUCAGAGAAAACUCCGCUGCACAGGUGAUAAGCCGCGCUGCGAGGCCUGCGUCACCCGAGACCAGGAGUGCUCUUACGUUCCCAUUCUGCGGCGACGCGGGCCAGGAAAAAAGAGGGACAAGGUCGGAGCGAGGCGCAGGCCGCGCACUGCGCCUACUGACAACGAGCUGGAGGACGCGAACUCCGUGCCCCUCAGUCCCCCGAUACGCUGGCGAAGAGAGGGCCCGCGAGGGGGACCGUCCGCCGAGCUGCCUUUGUUCGACGACCCGCAGCCACCGACGGCGCCAUACCACCAUGCGCCGGGGUACGCGGCAGACUCUAUUGCGCGCCCACAGGUUAUCGGCAAGCCUACAGGAGAAGCACAUCUGCGACCGCGCGAUGACGUCCCUGCUGAAGGAGGGUAGCCUCGUGCAGCGCUCUCGACUGCAUCCGAACACAGCUUGUCUUUCAGUUGCUAGGCGAAUCUCCGCGAAGCGUGCUCACAGGGUUGCAGUAGGCGCUGAUCAAGAAACCGACCUCUCGCCAAAUUGAAUAAAGGUUCGAAUGAAGCCUCCAGAAGAUAUGUUUCCUACUGUACAUAAGCCUGUCUUGGAGUUGAAGAUAGCUGGCCAUAAUAUCGUCCCCCUAAUGUGACUGGUUUUUUCCUGGA